AAAAAAAAAAAAAUCAGGUUGAGGACAGAAAGGAAAUGAGCAUAGCAACCGCUAAUGCUCGAAGGAAUCUCAGUAUGCAAAUGCAUACAGGAUCCCGAAUAAGGAAAGAACAGGAUAUCUGCGACUCCUCAGAGGACGUGGAACACCACAAACAGGAACUUUAAAGGCAUUGAAAUCUGUUGCCUGUUCCACUAGGAAUAUUGUUUGCAAGGCACAAGGUGUCUUUUGGAAGUGAGCACCCUCUGCGCAUGCGCAGGUCCUUUCGGGAAUUACUGCCCUGCCGCCGACUAAGUUGCAUUCCUUGAAUCUUCGCAGAAAAGACAAUUCUUUAAUCAGAGUUAGUAAUGUGGACAGUACAAAAUCGAGAGAGUUUGGGGCUUCUCUCUUUCCCUGUGAUGAUUGCCAUGGUCUGUUGUGCACACAGCGCCAAUGAGCCCAGCAACAUGUCAUACGUGAAAGAGACAGUGGACAGAUUGCUCAAAGGAUAUGACAUUCGCUUGCGGCCGGACUUUGGAGGGCCCCCUGUGGACGUAGGGAUGCGGAUCGAUGUCGCCAGCAUAGACAUGGUCUCCGAAGUGAACAUGGAUUAUACACUUACCAUGUAUUUCCAGCAGUCUUGGAAAGACAAAAGGCUUUCUUAUUCUGGAAUCCCGCUGAACCUCACGUUAGACAACAGGGUAGCUGACCAACUCUGGGUGCCAGACACCUACUUUCUGAAUGACAAGAAAUCAUUUGUGCAUGGGGUUACAGUGAAAAAUCGAAUGAUCCGACUGCAUCCUGACGGAACAGUUCUCUACGGACUCCGCUUGACAGCCUAUUUCUUUUUGGUGCUGAAUAAUGCUCAAUUGUCUAAAGAUGGCUAUACCACUGAUGACAUUGAGUUUUACUGGAAUGGAGGAGAGGGAGCAGUAACUGGAGUUAAUAAAAUUGAGCUUCCUCAGUUUUCAAUUGUCGACUACAAGAUGGUAUCCAAGAAAGUGGAGUUCACAACUGGGGCAUAUCCACGACUGUCACUAAGUUUUCGGCUAAAGAGAAACAUUGGUUACUUCAUUUUGCAAACCUACAUGCCUUCCACACUGAUUACAAUUCUGUCCUGGGUGUCGUUUUGGAUCAACUAUGAUGCAUCUGCAGCCAGAGUUGCACUAGGAAUCACCACUGUGCUGACAAUGACAACCAUCAGCACUCACCUCAGGGAGACCUUGCCAAAGAUCCCUUAUGUCAAAGCGAUUGAUAUUUACCUGAUGGGUUGCUUUGUGUUUGUGUUCCUGGCUCUGCUGGAAUAUGCCUUUGUAAAUUACAUCUUCUUUGGAAAAGGCCCUCAGAAAAAGGGAGCGAGCAAGCAAGACCAGAGCGCCAAUGAAAAGAACAAACUGGAGAUGAAUAAAGUUCAGGUCGACGCCCACGGCAACAUUCUGCUCAGCACCCUGGAAAUCCGGAACGAGACGAGCGGCUCGGAAGUGCUGACGGGCGUGAGCGAGCCCAAGGCCACCAGCAUGUACUCGUACGACAGCGCCAGCAUCCAGUACCGCAAGCCGCUGAGCAGCCGCGAGGGCUACGGGCGCGCGCUGGACCGGCACGGCGCGCACAGCAAGGGCCGCAUUCGCCGGCGCGCCUCGCAGCUCAAGGUCAAAAUCCCCGACUUGACUGAUGUCAAUUCCAUAGACAAGUGGUCCCGAAUGUUCUUCCCCAUCACCUUUUCUCUUUUUAACGUCGUUUAUUGGCUUUACUAUGUACACUAAGGUCUGUCCUAAUGGUUCCUAAAAGCCUACUCUCCUCUCCUCUUGAUUCUUAACCCCACAGCCGCCCCCCCAGCAGCUACAAUGCUGCUGGGUUUUUUGAGGUAAGAGAUUCAGCCAUCCAAUUGGUUUUAGGUCUUGCAUAUCAAUUUUAUUACGGCACCAUGUUUACUUCCAAAAACAACACACACACA